UGAUAUUCAAAGUCUGGAAAGUCUAUUGGGCGGUCCUCCCUUCAAUAGAUUAAGAAAGCGGCGUGGCAACUGUUCAAACUUCAAAGAUUUUUUCGAGCCUGCGGGAACUUGAAACCAUCGAUUCAUCCACUGCAACCAUAUAGAGCGACAACAAAGGGGCGACAAACUUGGACCAAGAUAUCAUAUAUCAUAUCUACAGCAAAAACAUGAAACUCCCUUACGGUAGCGGGAAUAACCGAAGCUACUAACGGGGAACUGAGCGGCCUGCUACUACUAGGAUGGUUCAAGUUCAUCAACUUCUCUAAGACGCCAUUAUGACACUUUGAUAAUCUCGUUCUUCUAGUAUAUAAUGACACAUGCGUGGGGUUCGCAAAUAUGCCCCCGCACCUUCGUGCAUCUACAAGGCUGUAGACAGUUGCAGAUCUUAUUUUUGCCAUGGCUUCAAACAUGCCAUUGGAUGCUGCGUGCUUACUGUCAUUAGCACUGGAGGGCGUGACUUAUGGGUUUUCACUUCUCAUGUUUAUCGGUACUAUCUGGGCUUUGGCCUACAAACAGCGCAUACAGGAUGUCAGUCGCCCAAUUAUUGUGGUGGCCAUCCUGCUGUUCAUACUGAGUACUGCGCACAUGAUCGUGAAUACCAUUCGUGUUGAAGAUGGACUAGUAAAGUAUCGCGACACAUUUCCGAAUGGGCCAGUGGCGUUCUUUGCCGAUCCUGCUCAAUACACGUAUACGAUCAAGAAUGCGUUAUAUAUCUCGCAAACGUUACUGGGUGACGGGGUAUUGACGGCCGUCCGGCUGACUCGGAAGAUUUAUCGAUGUUAUAUUGUAUGGCAAUCAGUCUUAAUCAUCAUCAUACCGAGCAUGCUGUGGUGCAGUGUUGCAGUGUCUGGUGUUGCUAUAAUCUACACUUUUUCGCAAAUCACAAGUUACUCCGGUCAAAUCUAUGAAAACGAGCAUGGGACGCCUGCACAUUGGGUUAAUGCAUUCUAUGCCUCGACUAUUGCAACAAAUUUGUCGAGUUCAGCGUUACUUGCGUAUCGGGUCUGGAUGAUCGAACGCGAUGUUUCUACAAUGCGCUCUAGGAAGAACACUAUGAUGCCAAUUGUGCGCGUGCUUGUGGAUUCUGCCAUUCUGUACUCUAUGGCGCUCUUGACCGCAUUGAUCAUUUAUACGCGCUCGAACAAUGGGCAGCUUGUUAUACAGGAAAUGCUCACGCCCAUCAUAUCUAUCGCCUUCUAUAUGGUCCUUAUUCGCGUAGCAGUCAACAGAAAACACAGUCAUCUGUCGACUAUAGGCCCGGGGAUGACCGAUGCAACAGACUCAAGCACUUUGCAACAGUAUUCUAUGCAGCCCUUGCAAUUUUAUAGAUCCAAAUUCACGCGUAAUGACGAUAAAGCAGUUUAUGGAAUAGGGAUCGAAGACCCGCCAUCGACAUUCGCAGCAGAGUCUGGAAAGGGCUCCCUAUCGAACUUGCAACCAAACUGA